UCACUUGCAAAAUCCAAACCCACGUAGCUGAGUUCCACCACUGAAGCUCCCGCCCUUCUCAGUUGUUGCAUUUCUAGGGUUUGCUUGCUCCAUGGCGAACCAGCUAUACGGCUACAACCCUACCUACGGAGGAACCGGUAUAUACCCUUCCAGACUAACUUCGGGAUCAGUUACAGAUCCAUAUCUCUCCGAUAUGUCUUUGAUCGGUUCUUCAAGAUAUCUCAGUUCAGAAACUCUAUCAGCAACUGAUUCUUCAAAGUAUUCUGUUCUUAACCGGGAGUCAUCAAUGUUCUUGAACCAGAACGAUGGUUCAAGGUUCUCAGACACCGAUGUUGGCGGAGUUGGUUCAACAGGUUUCUCGACGGGCAGAAUUUCUGGUGGAAUCGGAGCAGCAAUGGGAGCGACGAUGCCUUCUUAUUCAUCGCAGAUGUCGUGGCCUGGUGUUGAUUACGGUGCUUCUGUUGCCGGAAUGAAGCGGCCAAGUGAAGCUCUCUACCAUCAGACUGUUCUGGGAAACCAUAACACUAUUGGGCAAAGUGAAGCUUUAUUUUCUACAAACUCUUUUGUCAAGCGUCCUAGAUACGAAAGUGCAAGCAAUUUUCCCAUUUAUCCACAGAGACCAGGAGAGAAGGAUUGUGCCCACUAUAUGCUCACAGGAACCUGUAAAUUUGGAGAUACCUGCAAGUUUGACCAUCCUCUUUGGGUCCCUGAGGGUGGGAUUCCAGAUUGGAAAGAGGUGCCACUUAUUGCUACCAGUGAAUCUCUUCCUGAGAGACCAGGGGAGCCAGAUUGUCCUUAUUUUCUGAAGACUCAAAAAUGCAAGUUUGGUUUUAGGUGCAAAUUUAAUCAUCCCAAAGAUCAAAUAGCUUCUUCGGUUCCUUCUGAAAAUGUUGAUGCUUCAAUAUUACCUGAGAGGCCAUCUGAACCACUAUGUGCAUUCUACACAAAGACUGGAAAAUGCAAGUUUGGUGCAACCUGCAAGUUUCACCAUCCAAAGGAUAUUAAAAUACCGUCAGCUGGACUAGAAAAUGGUUAUGGGCAGACUGAAACUGAAUUGGUGGUUAAUGAUGGCGGAACGACACCUGGAGAUGCAAAACCUGUGAAGCCAUUUGUUCCAUUCACACCAGCUUUGCUACAUAAUUCCAAGGGACUCCCAAUUAGACCGGGAGAAGUGGAUUGCCCAUUUUACCUGAAGACUGGCAGUUGCAAGUAUGGUGUCACUUGCCGCUAUAAUCAUCCUGACAGAAACGUUAUUAAUCCACCGGUUGCUGCUGCACUUGGCCAUGCAAUGAUAACCUCUCCGGCAGCUAACUUGAACAUGGGAGUCAUUAGUCCUGCUGCAUCUCUGCUUCCAAAUGUUGACCCCAGGCUGGCGCAGACAGCGCUGGGAAUGGGCCCUACUAUCUACCCUCAACGGCCUGGACAAAUUGAAUGUGAUUUCUAUAUGAAAACUGGAGAAUGCAAGUUUGGAGAAAGAUGCAAGUUCCAUCACCCCAUUGAUCGAUCAGCACCAACACCAUCAAUGGCAAAGCAGGUCCUUCAACAAAAUGUAAAGCUUACUCUAGCUGGCCUACCAAGGAGAGAGGGUGCAAUAAUUUGUCCUUUCUACAUGAAGACUGGUACGUGCAAGUACAGCGUCACUUGCAGGUUUGAUCAUCCACCCCCAGGGGAGGCCAUUGCUAUGGCGACAGAGCGAGGAACCUCUGCAUCUGCUGGAGGUGGAGGAGAAGAGAAAGAGGACCAAACUGUUCAGGAGCAACAGUGAGGUAUCUAUUUUGCCUGGGUGGUGAGAGGGAGUGAUAUGUCGUUUCCUUUAGUUUUGUUAGCAACAGAGUUGGAUGUGGACCAUGGACUUACUCUUACAAAUUUGUCUCAAAACUGAUUGGUGGUGCUGCUCACUUUACCCAUCCACUAGUUGUUAAAUGAGAGUUGGUUUAUGGGGUGCUACUGUGUGGGAACUAUUCUAUAUGGGCUUCUAUAUGGGCUAAUGUCAUUUUAUUUUGUUUUAUUUCCUUGAACAUUGGAUCAUCUCUGUUGGUUGGCCUCAUUCAGCUUUAUCACUCCUUCCCCAGACACCCCUAUUCCCAAAAAAGCAAGAUAAUUCACUUUUUAAUCCUGACCAGUCUGAUCUGACGAAUUGCUUCAUUUAAAUGUAAUGAAUUUCGUUUGUUUA